AUGAUACAACAGUCGAAACCACCUCAACAAGGUCUAUCUCAUACCCAGCACCAACCACCACCUACGCAGUCUUUCUUAUUACCUUCACCGACGCCAUUGCCUUCUACCGCAAUAUUAUUUUUUGUGUAUCAUUUGGUCUGGUAUCGACCUAUUAUCACAGAAAAUCUAGCAGUAGAGUAUUUCGAGAAAUUGCAAUAUGUUCAGAAUUAUCCAGAUUCAAUCUUUUAUCUGCAUUUAUGGAUAUCAGCGUUAACUGGAUUGGCUGAAUCUUGCGCUGGGGGAAGUGGAUGUGGUUCGUUGUCCUCGACAUCUUUUAAUUUUAUUACUUUUGGACACUCGAUUUUAUGGAAAAGUUUUGUAUUGGUUAAACUUCCGUUAUUAAUUGAAAAGCUUGAAUCACGGAAAAUGGAGGAAUCAUGGUUAGAAAAAGAUGUAGUUCAAAUGGAGGAAAUUAAGAAUCGAUGUCAUGAAUCUGUAAUUGGCGAGUUAUUCGGGUUCACUGGACUAAUAAUAUGUCUUAAACGUAGAUUAGUACGACGAGAAUUCGUCGUUGGAUUAUUGAAGGAUCGGGCUGUGGAGCUUGAGUGGGAGGGAAUGGAUGCUACGGGUCCGGAUGCAUUAUCGGUUGCAAUUCUGGCCGACCCGGUGAUGAUAGAUCAUUUGGUAGCUACUACUUUGCCGCAGUAUUUUGAUCAUGAAUCAAGGGUGGCGACAAUAAUGAAGUUAGUUUCAACGUGGAGCGCAAAUAAAGCCAUGCAACCACUAGCGAUACUAUGCCGCGCUCUAAUUGAAAAUACCGCAUUACUGGAUCUGGUUCAUUUGUAUCGACAUCCUGCUGAUUUAUUGGCGCCUUUAGAACAGUUGUGUAAUAGUUGGGACAAAGAAGUCUCGUCUUCUUUGUCAUUAUCAUCGUCGACAACUGAGAGUGGAGUGGAUUCAUAUAAAGAAGAUUACGAAAAUUUUGGAAUUAUUUUUUUGCUUAUUGUUGCUGUGAUUGCGCGAUAUGAUCUAUACGCUAAUAUAUCUGAAAUACUGCACGAUAAACAAGGAUUUAUUUAUACAUGGCUUCAUCAACCCUCUAUCACGUAUUCUCUUGACACACUUGAUAUCGAACAUCGAAAUCUUGUCUCACAUUUCAUUAAUUUUAUCUUGUCUUCUAACAAUAACGCGUCAUCGUUAAACUCUGUUCCUGACGAUCUUCUAAAAGAAUCAAAUCCAAGAUCACUAAUACAAUUUUCACCAACCAUCUUUCAACAACAUAUCUCUGCACAAGAACUGGAACCAAACGAAAAUGUUAGGCUGAAAACGAUGACGACGGACUUUAAUUUAUUCUUGGAACCUUGUUUCUCUUUUUGCUUAAUCGGAGCUCUUCAAUGGUUGUGCAAUGAUGCUUUGUUAAAAGGACAGCUUUCGUUAUCCUUUGGAGUAAUUAAAUCCUUAUUGUCAUCAUCGUCAUACGAAAAAAUUCCAUCAGUUAUAAAAAGUCUGGUAGGUUCUCGUGUUUUGGACGUCUUGCAAAAACCAGCGUACAUGAUGGACACGGAAAUUGCUCCAAUAACAGAAAAAAUUAGGACACAUCUUGCUCUUAAUCCGGGUAAAGUUUUGCAAGUUGGUGGGCCUCACGUUUUUGUGAGACUAAUUUUCGAGGAAGUUUUAUCUGCAUCUAAGAGUAGCAUAAGUUUACGUGCAGCUGAAUUAGGAGCAUCAUUACUUAUAACACAACUCACAUACUCGAACAAUCCACAUCUCCACCCAACAACUCUAAUUCAUAUACUAUUCACCGAAACACUUGCCUCAACAUUCACAAAAAAGAUCGAAUCAUAUGCCCAAGGAUUCACAUUAGGUCUUUUAUCGAUGCAUGUUCUUUUGCGUACAGAUAUUUUUACGCUGGUGGUUGGCAAUAAAACGCUGUAUGAACAUUUUCGCGAGAAUGUCUUGCUUAACAAUAAAAAUGAUAACAAUCAUGAAGAGGAUCGUUUUAAGGUCCCAAGGUAUUCUCCGGUAAGAGGAUUUGCGGAUGGGUUGUUAUCGCAUGUGGAGUUGUUGGAUAAAGCUCCGGAAUUAUUGAAAUAUUUGAAGGAAGAAUAA